AUGAAAAAAUGGAAGGCUCCCGCUGAAGUCAAAGUUGGAGAUCAGUUUGUGUUUAUAUGGAACACCCAGGCGAAUGUGUAUCAGUACAAUGGCGGGCAUGAAGGGGAUUACGAUGCUUGUGCCAAGAACUCCCAGCAAGGAACCAUGCUCGCCCCAACCUCUUUCUUUGGAAGGUAUACUUACAAGGUGGAAGAAUCAUGUGUAAGCCUCUUCUUUGCAAGCACUGUUGGCUGCAAGAAAGGAAUGAAGUUCAGAACGUUUGUUACGUGUUAG